CCACCCGAUGGACGCUUCACCAAGCGCGUCUCCUUCGAUACCUUCUCAAACCCUGAUGCCAGCAUCUACUCAUUGACACUCAAGAUGAAGCAUAAGGAUUACAAGUAUACGCGCCGGUCGCGUACGUUUCUCAUUGGAUUUGAUAAUAACGAGUAUUCGACAUCGGCGCUUGAAUGGUUGAUUGAUACGUUUGCGGAUGACGGGGAUGAGAUUAUCGCCUUGCGCGUGGUCGAGCCAAAAAGCAAACUAGCAGAUGAAAAGACCGUUGAGCCGUAUCGUAUGGAAGCACGCAAGAUCAUCGACCAAGUCGUCGAGAAGAAUGACGAAGACAAGGAGAUCAGCAUCAUUGUUGAGCUUGCUGUUGGGAAUGUCAAGACGCUUCUAAUGCAUAUGAUUCAUCUCUACCAUCCAGACUCCCUCAUCGUUGGUACACGCGGACGCAGCUUGAAUGGGAUUGCAGGCGUCUUGCCUGGCUCCAUGUCAAAAUGGUGUCUCCAAAACUCACCCAUCCCAGUCAUUGUUGUACGGCCAGAUCGUAAACGAAACAAGAUGAAGUCAAAACGUCAACGGGAUCCUAAUCGUCGCAGCUACCUCGAGAUUUUGGAAAAGACGAGCAGUUUCGAAGAUUUGACACAAAUCUUCAGUAAGGCG